CUCACAUGUCGGGACCAAAUGUGAAAUUAGAACCACAUUUGGAGUUUGGCAAGAGUUGUCAACACGGCAUUUUUGGAAAAUAUUUGUGGAUUGUUGCCAGUGGAGGGCGCUACCGCGCAGAAUCCCAUGUGCAGCGAAAGUAAGUACGGAGCCCCUUUACACGCACGGAGACAAUCUGAAAAUCUGUAGCGGUCUUGUCGUUCAAGAAGUAAGAUUUGUAAACAGCUAAAUGUGAGACGAACUUUAUGUUGUCUGGUCGCCUGCUAAUGGUAAGGCAUAAUGGUAGGAGUUGCGUUUGGCUGAACAUUUCUUAGUGUUAGUUCUGCAGCCAUUUGCGCUUUUAAAACAAGGACCUCCUUGGACGGACCAAGCAGUGUGUGUUGAGUCCGUCUCUCUCUCCGCUGACAGAUGUACAAACUGUGACAAAGUGAUUACUUCGUAGCUGAUAUCUCCGCAAAAGAUCUGGGGAGGCCUGAGCUAUGGACAUCUCUGCAAUGUUCCUCCUCCUGCUGGGAGUCCUGUGUCUUGGUCCUGCUCCCAGCUGGGCACGACAACAAUUCCACGACUCCACCAACCAAGACCCCCAGCGUGGUCCCCACCUGACGGGCUGCCACUCCCCAGAGCAGGAGACCUUCACCUGCUGGUGGACUCCAGGGAGCUGGCAGAACAUGUCGGAGCCUGGAGACCUGCGGUUCUUCUACACCGUGCAGCUUCCCACGGAGAAGCCGCCUCGGCCCAGGGAGUGGCACGAGUGUCCUCAGUAUUCCGCCAGCCGACCAAACGAGUGCCACUUCAGUCGCAACUACACACACGUCUGGGUGCCCUACUGCGUGGAGCUGCGGUCCGUGGAGAGGAACGUCACCUAUGACUGGAAGUGCUUCAGCGUCGAGAACAUCGUCAAACCGGACCCCCCCAUCAAUUUGAACUGGACCCUGCAGAACAUAAGCCGCUCUGGGCUCCUCUUUGACAUCAUGGUGCGCUGGGAGCCGCCCCCCACCGCCGCCAUCGCCAUGGGCUGGAUCAGUCUGACCUAUCAGGUCCAGUACCGACUGGUGAACAGCUCGCACUGGGACGUGAUUGACCAGGACACUUAUACUUACCAGCCCAUCUACAGUUUACAGACGGACAAGACCUACGAGGUUCGUGUGCGCUGCAGGAUGCGCACUUAUGAGUUCGGGGAGUUCACUGACACCAUCAUUGUGCGCGUGGCUGAUAUACUCAGCAAAGAUGCAACCUUCCCCAUGACGGUGUUGAUGGUGUUCGGCGUGGUCGGCAUGGUGAUCCUACUCAUGCUCAUCAUCUUUACUCAGCAACAAAGGCUCAUGGUCAUUUUGUUGCCCCCAGUUCCUGCUCCCAAAAUUAAAGGAAUUGACAAUGAACUAUUGAAGAAGGGGAAGCUGGACGACCUGAACCUCAUCCUGAGCAGUCAGCACAUGAUGUAUAAGCCCGACAUGUUCCCAGACGAGAGCUGGGUGGAGUUCAUCGAGUUGGACGUGGACGAUCCGGAGCACGACCCCGGCGACAAGGCAGACACUUCGGACACGCAGCACCUGCUCGGGGGCGGUGAUGUCGUCGGGGGGCGUCACGGCGGCCACCGUCAAGGCUGCCUGGGCUCCUCGCACGCACUCAGUCUCAAGGACGACGACUCUGGCCGUGCGAGUUGCUACGAUCCGGAGCUACCCAUGGAGGCCCUGCUGACGGCGGCCCUGCUGCCCCAGGCGGAGCAGGCUAAGCUGGGUAGGGUGGGCGCUAGGGAGGGUGGUGGUGGUGGUGAUGAUGAUCCAGUGUCUCAUACCGACUCGGCCAACAGCACCAACCCGAGCCCCGGUGGGGGGACUCCGACCUCAGGUAUAGGCACGCCGGAGCACCCAGGUGGACAGCCCCAGCAGCAGGGCCAACCGCAGAUUGUAACAGGUGGUACGGGUGGUGUGUCGGGGCCCAACUGGGCCACCAUGGACUUCUAUGCCCAAGUGAGUGACGUGACCCCGGCGGGUGGAGUGGUGCUCUCUCCGGGCGCCCUCCUCGCAUCCCAGACCUCCUCUUCCUCCUCCUCCUCCUCCGUCCCUGACAAGAACAAGAAGAACAGCGAGAAGGACCAGGAGAUGAAUGAGGAGGAGGACAAAAGAAGAGUUAAGGAGAAGGAGAAGAAGGAGGUGGAGGGGGGGAUGACGCCGAAAUUCCACCUGCUGGUGGUGAACCCAGAUGGAGGUUAUGCGUCGGAGAGUGUGGCCAAGGAUCCAGUCAUCGAGCCACCACAGCAGGUGGCACCAGGCGGCUACACGACCUCCCCAGUUCCAAUUCUGUCACUGCAGGACGAACAUCCUCCUGGAGUAGACCCAGCCUCGUGCCUGGCCUCCUCCACCACCACCACCCCCACCACCACGCCUGGGGACUACCAGAGCCCCUACUGCCUCCCCGACGCCAUGCCCACCUUCAUAACCACCCCCACGCCCUCCUCCAUGCCUCCCGUGUCAGACUACACCGUAGUGCAGGAUGUGGACGCGCAGCACAGCCUUCUGCUCAAUGCGGCCUCCCCCAUCCCUCUUCCUCCAAGCCACCAACAGCAGUCGCCACCCCCCAACUCUGGCAAACACCUGCCCGCCAUGCCAGCUAUGCCCAUGGGGUACCUGACCCCAGAGCUGAUGGGGAACCUCAUGCCCUGAGCAUGCAUGCCCUCUAUGCAUGCCCCCCCCGCAUCGCUCGCUCACCCAUCAACUCUAACUCUAACUCGCGACCUCCCAGUGUUGUUGUCUAUGCUGGGGGGUGGUGGCUACAGGAAAAUAAGUCAGAGUGGAUCGGUCAUUGUCGGUCAGGCAAAAGUCGGGGGUUGGCAAAAGUCUCUUUUCUACCUUCAUUUCGCUUCAAACCAAAGUCGCAAAAGGAAAUGUUUGGGCGCUGGCACAUGAGAGGACAAGGCAAAGAAGGCUCAGAGAAGUUUUCCGGGACACUAAUUGUCCUUUUGGACCACUGCAGCAAUGUAGUGGUGUUUGAGAUGGUAGAAGGAAAAAAGAGAGGCCCAAAAGCUAAGAGGAGGAGCAAGGCAGUGUUGUUUCUGGAGCCAGCUGGCAAAACGUAUUGUAUUUCGCUAUCAAAUUACGAUGCCUGGGAAAAAUCCACACAACCCUGUUUCAAAAGACAGCUCUCUCUCUCACACACACACACACACACACACACACACACACACACACACACACACACACACACACACACACACACACACACACACACACACACACACACACACACACACACGAACACGCACGCAAGCAAGCAUGCACACACAAAUACACACAUACAGGUAGCAUGUGCACAACCAUAGUGGUGCACAUAGCACAAAGUCCAGAUGCUCAGCAAACGUAGACAUUGUCAAAGUGCCCAUAAGCACACACCCCCACUCAUGCACACACAUUCACUCACACACACACACACACACACACACACACACACACACACACACACACACACACACACACACACACACACACACACACACACACACACACACACACACACAUGCACGAGCGCACACACACAUAUGCACGAACGUGCGCACACACACAGACAGACACACACACACUCUGAGAGGUGAUGAUGACACAACUUCUCUGUGAAGAUUGAAUUAUGAAGGAACCUUUUCAUCGAACCUCCAAAUUAUAUAAACAAAAGACUAUCGGUUUAGUAAAAGAACACUGAGAGUUGGCUAACGUUAACGUUGACGUUAAUAUCACUCUAUCAUAGGAUAACUCUGGGAAAAAUGGACGACAACAUACAGCACACUGACACAAACACAGCUGUAAUCACAACUGUUGAAGACAUUCAAAGUUCUCCGUUCAUAAACAAGGACACUAAGCUAUGGGGUUUUAUUGUGGGGAAACCAAAAGGAACACCUUUUCUUAAUCAAGCUAUUAUUCUGGCAAGAAAUUCAGAUCAUGAGCCCGGAUCGUUAUAGUUGCAUUUCUCUCUUCCCCCUUUGAGAAUUGUGAAAAUGCAAAACAUAUUUUUUUCGACAUGUGAAACGCUUUCAUGUUCAAUAUUACCAUAUUGCCUCGAAUGAAUGAUUGCUUUUUUUAUACUCUGAAAAAAAAACCUUGGGUCUUAAUCUGAAAAGAAUGUUGUGGUUACGCUGGUUGCUGCCUUCUUAUGCAGACACAGUGGACAUGAGGGAUACUGUCUCAAAGCAAGCACAAAACGAUAAUCUGUGUGGAUAACCUAACUCUCACUAGGGCUUUUUCCAUCAAAGUUAUUAUAAAUUAGUUUUAAACGAUGCCCAUUUAAGAGUAGAUGCGACAGACAUGACGGAACAACUUUGUUGCAUGAACUUAAUUUGCGUGGCAGAGGUGGAUUAGCGAAAGAUAAUUCGAUAUAAAGGUGAUGGAAAAGGUUUAUAGCAACAUAGGAAAGCCACAUGGGUGCAGAAGCUGUGAAUGGACCUAUAUCAAGUGAUCCAACAAUUUCUCAAACAUGUCGACAGUUUAUUUUGUGCCUAACGGAUAGCAUUCCCUCUUUCCUUCGUUCUAUUCACAUACUAUGCAUUCUAUUCUGCUAAAAUGUUUAUUGGAAAACCACUUAGCACAUUAAACAGAUGCAAUAUAAAUAGGGACAUUUUAAUUAGCUAGAAUCGUUCUGUUGACGGAAAAGCAUGCAAAGCCAUAUUAAUACCGCUAGAUAAAUAAUUGGACGUGAGAAAAUGUGCUUCAAAAUAUGUUGCAAAAAGGACUGAUGGAGUUCCACAUAGAGUUCCACUGAAGUCCACAGCCAUCUGGAACAUAGGCCUGAUCAAGGCAGCCAAGAAGUAAACGGGCCAUUUUCAUUGAAAUUCACCUGAUUAUCCACCACUACAAGAGCAGCACCUUUACUAUUUUGGUAGCAGUUGCUAAUGCUAAAUCAUUCAGAAGGGCUAUGGGCAGCCUAACAGGAACUGGCAGACAGGAAAUGCUGUGGGUGCAUGACAAACGUUGAAAUGGAUGGGGUUGGUCGGCAUGGUAAUAACGUGGAUAGCUCUGCAUAGAAGUGGCUGUUUCGUUCACACAACAAAGGCGACACGAUUACAACUGUGCUGCCGAAUCUAACACAUAUCCAUUAUUUAAAAGAGGAACAUGGGACAGUUUUGAAGGCUUUUAUUGGUGUUGUCACUGUUUUCCCGACUGGAUAAGGCCUUCCAAGGAGGAAAUCCAUCUGACGAGAGUCGGGUUACUGCGUUUAGGCACUUUUGAACAGAAGGGAAGGAGAAGUGCAUGACAGGCUAACGCUAGUCUGGUACAGCAGGUAGUAGUAUUGGGCCUACAGUCUGUAGUUUGACUUUGAAUUUGAAAGUACAUAGUUAUUUUUUAACUUACUGAGGGAAACGUUCCUUGUAGAUUUGUCCUCAGUAGAAUAUUACACUGUAAAAAAUUGCAGAUAGUUCAAUGUAAAAAAGGAAGUUGCUUUGCAGCCUUAAGUUUGUAAGUUAACAUGAGAAAGCCUCGAGUUGAGUUAAGUCUCGAGUUGACGAAAGUUACAAACUUAAGGCAGCAGGGGAACUUACUUUUUACGUUCAACUGGCUUGCAGUGCUUUACAAUGUGGAUCAGGGAUACUUUAUUACCCAGAUGUAGGCUAACAUUAACCAGUGUAGCCAAUGUAGCCAGUUCAUCUGUAAACUCGGACAACCACACUCUGACACUAACAUGGCCGUCUUCUAAGGGGAAACGUCCAUUUUCAAUGUGAAGUUUACCAUUUGCAAACACUAUAAUUACACGGGCGCGAUAACUGGAAUUUGUGCCAAUGUAUUUCAAAGUAUUAUUAUUUAAGACUUGUUAACAUAUUUUUGUUUUCAUGUUUUAAUGGUCCUUUUUUCUACCUGUGUUCUAUGAUCACACAAUAUUUUAUUCUAGAGAUUGAUUUUAUUUUUCUAUUUGGCCUUACACAUGGAAGUGCCAUAUGCACCCUUUACAAAGAAAAUUGAACAGGUGGUAAAGACACCUGGUCUGUUAAUCCCUGUCUAUCCCCACAAAGCUUCAGGGGCUGUAUCGUUACAAAAGUUGUAGGAAUAUUUACAGGAUUUAAAGGAAACAUAUACCGGUAUGUCAACCAUAUUUACAUCGAAAAGAUUAACCUGACGUAUCUGAAAAAGGAACGUAUGCAGUCUAGAAGGGACAACAAUAUCUUGUAUGUAUAUUUUUUGUAACUUAUACUGUAAUGCCUAUAUAGUGUCUAUAUUGGAUAUUGUAAGGAAGAGCCAACCCUUCUUUAUUCAUAGUGGUCAAUAUUCUCCCGCCAUUUUAUGACUAUAUAUAGUGUAGCAGGGGCAGCUCAGCUACGGCCAAUUGCAUUGCCUCAGUGGGGAGGUGGAGCUGAACUCAUACAGGUCUCCGGCCUGACCCUAAUUACAAAUGCUACAUAUAUGAGCAGGUCAGAUGCAAAACCUUCUGACAGCCAUUAAAAAUAUAUAUUUUUUAAAAUAAUAUUUUUCCCUAAGUAAUCUCAAUCAAAAAGCCAUGUAAAUGUUAUCUUGUGAUGUCCAAACAAAACAAGACUUAUUUGUUAGCUUACUAAAUGUAUAGAAAUACAGUGUAUUUUUUUGUUAAUUCAUUGCAAAUGAGGGUUUUGCAUCUGAACCCUUGAUAUAUAUAUAGCUUAAAUAUGCAGCAACCUUUAAUGGCUGUCCAUAACUAGCUAAACAAGGCAGAGGGUCUUUAAAGGUGUAACUUUGGUGAAGACCGUGCACAUGCAAAAAAAUAAGCUAGACAGAGAAGAGUGGAAAUGAAAAAUAUGUGAAAUAAAGGUACAAUCUUGUGGGUUUACAUCCUUUGAAGGGUAUUAUAUCUUUUCUAUUCAUGGGGAAAAGGCACGAAAUAUCAAAUGGCUUUAUGGCUGUAAAUAUAAAACCAAUACUGUAAAAAGUGAAGCAUUGAACAUGACUUCAGAAAAUUAAGCAAAACAGGCUGCAUGGAACUUUUUAUGUCGACACAGUUGAACUUCACAAUGCUAUGUGGUGUAUACUGUAAAUUAAUGAUUGAAAAAAGUUCCCCCGGAGAGCAUUCAGUUUGCCACCGUGGACGAACCCCCUAACAGUUCUCGAAAGAACUUAUUGGUAUACCGGUUUACCUGUGUAUGUGACAACAACCCAGGAUGAACCCUGAGGUGUUCCGUUCCUGAAAAGGUUAAUUGAGGAACCCCUCGAUUUCUACUAUGGAGGAACCCCAAACAGUUCUCUGAGGAACCUUCCGGUAAAUGUGACAAAUCGGUUCUUAAACCCGGAUGUUUUCUUGAAGGUUUGUCAGAGAACCCUUCAACCCAAAGGUUCUUUGAGCGCCUUCUGAGGACGCUACUGUUGAAGAACCCUUAGAGAUUCUAUGAGGAACUUUUGGGUUCUUCCCAGAUCCUUAAGGUUCUUCCGAGAACUUUAAGGUUCCUGGACGCUGCAACUGAAGGCUCUUUGAGAAAGUUCACAUUUUUACAAUACACCCUAUUCAUACACAUUCCACUGUGAAGUUAAACUAUCACGAAUUAAAAAGAUUCUUGCAGGCAGUUCAAGCUUGCCUUAACUUUUACAUGUUAUUUCCUUACACAGUAUAAGCAUGACAAGCAUUGUGCCAAUGUUAUGUACUUUAUUUCUUUCAAACAAUACUUGCCUUAUUGGUGUAUAUUGAGCCUGAAAACUGAGUGCUGCUUUUUUAUUGCUGAUGGAACCAGCAUGUCAAUGUAAAAAAAAAAAAAAAACGUAUGGUCUUAAUGGCUCUCUAUUUCAUGCAUAGUCCAAAACUAUUUUUACUAUGCAGCCGUUGUUAUCAAUGUAUUCUCCCGUGCUAAUGUCUGUUGUUUUGUUUUACAUCUGUGUUGUUGUAUGCCUUUUUCUGUACUGUACAGACAAAACAAUAUAUAUAUGAAGAAAAAUCUCUAUCUAGAUGUUUAGAGGGAAAGUAUUAACAUUUUUAGAGUUUUGUCUUGUUUAAAUGUUGAUACAUUUAAAAGUGAAUUUAGCUGUAUUGGCAAAUGGAUGCAAAUGAGAGAUGCAUGUGUGUUGAGAGAGAUGAUGUAAUGUUUGUCAAAUGGUCUAAAACUUAUACCUGCAGAGUAUGCUACAGUGUUUUUAGCUGAAUUCUUCUCUGACAACUGCUUGUAGCCUAUAUCAUUUACAUGCAAUUUACAUUAAGGGACUGUGAUGCAGAAGAACAGUCUUUCAAGGGUGGAAGUUCACACCAAUUAGGAGCUUUUUCUAUUGUCAGUGCUCGUUUUAUUUUCAGAAGUGUGAAUUCAAUGCAAGAGAAUGUAUAUGACGCUAAAAGCGUUAUAUCUAGGGGGAAUCUGUGCCAAUGAGAACUGUUGGUUAAAGGAGAGUACGUUUUGUUUUACACCUUCACAUGAUCUGAAAUAAACAUGUUUAGAAUAAAAAA